GAUAGAUGUCGGAUCAGAGAGACCAUGUUGGCAGUGUGUUCGCCCGCAUGUAGACAUGACCCUCCGGUCAGCAGGUGCAGAUGAGACCUGUCUUCACAUAGUUGAGGAUGCCGAUGGUAUGCAGCUUGCAAGCUCGAAUUCAAGUUCUUGUACAGUCUUUCGCUUCAACGGCUCAUCAAUCUUGGCCAAGGCAUACAACAGCUGCCUUUGGUGGGCAGACACCUGGAAGCUAGUGCCUUGUGCGUCCAAAUCCCUCAAGUUUGCGCAGCGAGCGCUGCCGAAGGAGGAG